GCGGCGGGGACGGGCGCGCCGUGACACCGCGCGGCCGCUUCGCGCCGGGCCGCAAGAUGGAGGAGGCGGCGGCGGGCCGGGCGGGGCAGGAGAUCAGCCUGGCGGCCCUGCAGCGCCACGACCCCUACAUCACCAGCAUCGCCGACGUGACCGGCCAGGUAGCGCUCUACAGCUUCAGCCCCAAGGCCAACGAGUGGGAGAAAACUGAUAUAGAAGGUACCUUAUUUGUGUACAAAAGGUCGGCUUCUCCUUAUCAUGGUUUUACGAUAGUGAAUCGACUGAACAUGCACAACCUGGUUGAGCCAGUAAAUAAAGACUUGGAGUUUCAGCUCCAUGAGCCUUUUCUUCUUUACAGAAAUGCUAGCUUGUCAAUUUACAGUAUCUGGUUUUACGACAAGAAUGACUGUCAUCGAAUAGCAAAACUCAUGGCUAAAGUGGUAGAACAAGAAGCUCAGAGAUCACAGCAAGUUUCCCAGGACAGAAAAAGUCCCAGCAGAACAAAUGGCUGCAGUAAAAACAGGCCUAUUGACAUCCUGGAAAUGCUUAGUAAAGCCAAGGAUGAAUAUGAACGAGAUGUUCUGUUGGUCACCUCACCUUUAGCAACAAACCUCAGGCACAUCGAUUUUGGAAGUCCUUGUGGCCAGCACACAUCAAAGAAUCAGAUCAGUGACUUAAGUAUUAUGUCAAGUUCUGGAAUGCAACAAAAUGCAAAUCUCCUGAAGUCAGAAAGCACAGAGACUUCAGAGCAAAAACCUUCAAUACAAGUGCAAGAUCAGACAUUUCAGUCGAGGCCAAAGCAUCUGACUUUGGAAGAACUGUUUGGAACCUCUGUCCCAAAGGAACAGCCUGCACCUCCGUAUCCCAAUGCAGAGAGAAGGGAGAAGUUGCAGACUGACACCUCUGCCAGAGAGCAGCAAAACUUGCUCUUGCCUUUUUCCUUUGACCAGUCAACAGUAAUACAGCAACCACUAGGGAAAUCAGAAAGUCCAAACGUUAAAAUCAGUGCCAAUCCUUUGAAUCAGCAGGAAUGUUUAACACCUAUGCUAAUACCUCCAGCUUCAGUUUCCCAGCCUGAUGUAAAAAGCAUUUCAAGCUAUUCAGUUCGUUUAAGCCCUAUUCUUAAUUCAGCCUCAACAAUGGAAGCUGCCCCUGCUCAGAGGCUUCCUGGCCUAAAGCAAAACAACAGUUUAAUGCAAGUCAUGCAGCAAGCUGCCAAGCAGAUAUCCCCACUAGUGAAUCAGCCACCAUCCGAAGUGAACCACGCUCCACAAAAUCUAAUGGCUGGCCAAAGUCAGCUUAUAGCACCCUUGACAUCAACAAAUACGGGAACUGUCUCAAAUACGUCCCAUACAAGUGUUGAUCUUCUCCAGAAACUCAGGUUGACCCCACAGCAUGACCAAAUGCCGCAGCAGUCUCUCACUAAGACUUCCUUAACACCAAACACCUCUGCCUCGGUUGGCCAGCUUGCAACACCAGAAAGCUUCAAAGAAUCGCACAGUAAACCAUCAACCUUGAACAACAAGAUAAUCCCUUCUCUGCAGGUAACUGUACAACAAAACAAGGAAUCGGAAGUAUUUCCACAGACAAAGACUUUAUCUAAAACAAGUCAGGUCACACCUCCACAGUUUGUUACAGCCACAACUACAGUAGCUCCUUCAAUACUCUUGUCUCCUAGUGUUUUUCAACAGUCAGCUACAAAAGCUAUUGAAGUGGAAAAUAAAGCCAAUUCUUCUUCACCUUUAACACUUGGAACAACAGAAAUUCAGACUAUACCUCCUACUGUUCUCAGUAGGUCCCAGCUUCAAGAAGCACUGAUACAUCUAAUAAAGAAUGAUUCCCGCUUUCUCAACACUAUUCACGAAGUCUACUUGCAAGUCCUAACCAAGAAUACAGACAACAUUAAGCUAUAAUCGAAGCUAAAUCUACUUAGAAUAUUACCACUUUAGAAACAAUUAUGCCUCAUCUAAAAAACUAAUAUUUUUUUAAAAGAAUAUUUAGUUUUCAAUGUCUUGAAUUUGAACCUGUUAGGAAAGACUAUUCCUUAAAUACUUACGAAAGUAAUGUUCUCAGAAGCGAUCUAGGUUUUCACUGUGAUCAUCACCAGCAAACCUUUGUUUUUAUUGGGGAAGGGAGUUAAUUUGCAUAUGAUCUUUCAUUUGCAUUAAUGGAAUAUGCAGGUGUUUGUGCUGGCUUUCAUUCCUAGCUGUAUUCAGUUUUCAAGGAUUACAGACUCAUACUUUCUAAACUAGCAAAUACAUAGUACAGUACACUACACCACACCAGACAAAACUUUGUUGUGGGAACCUAGUUCCAGUUUUAAGGUGAGAGCAAAAUGCCGUGUGAUUAAGUUGGCAGUUGUGGGGAAGAGUGGGAUCUGGACACCAGGCCUUCAGAGCUAAACCUUUAGCAAAAUGUUUAAAAAUGUGAUUUGCUCAAUACAUUAACAGUCUCUAGCUAAUGCACAUCAAUUCAUCUGUUAUAUAUUCCAUUAAUCGUACUGCUUCUCCAUCCCUGACAUUAAACAGGUAUCCAAGUGAUUAAGGCCAUUUUCUCUAAAAAGGUGGAAUUUGAAAUAUGCAAACUUCAGUGAUUGUAUCGUUUUUAAGCAAUGGAAUAAUUCUGUUGUAUGUUGAAGUUAUUUUGGUUUAAAUGUAUAGUUAAGAAACCACCACUGAAAGACUAUUUUUCCACUGAGUAGUGUUUGACUGAAAUAGUUUUAAAUACUUGGUUUCCCUUUUAGCUUAAGGAUGGACCAUAUCUUAGUUGGGUUUCAUUCCUCAGUUGUGUUGGAACUGCGGUGUUGAAAACUAUGCAGAUAGGGAACAAAUGCAUGCGUUUCUCUUGCCCUCUCCCCAGAUUGUUAAUGCAUACUUCAUAGUCUGAAGUAUGUUUAUGUAGUAAAAACUUCAUACUUGUUUAUGAAGUUUAUGUAGUUAACCUGUUAGUGUUUCUUAUGUGAUUUCAUAAUUCAGUAAUGUAAGAGUUUAACCUCAUACUUUCCCGUUUGAAGUCAGAAAAAUUUCUAAUUAUAUUUUCUUAUGCUGCUGUAUUGGUUAGCCUAUAGCUUGCAUUUGUUUCUUGAAGUCAUACAAAGGUAGUUAAUAAGACUUCAGGUCUCAACUUUUUCCAGCAAUAGUAGUUUUAAAGGAUGCUUUUGCAGUAGAAAAGUUUUGGUUUAUUGAGCAGAAAGAUGAUCUGUAUUGAGUUAUGAUGCCCCCAAGCACUGUUGAAAUUGAAGAAAAAGAUUGUUUGGAUCCUUACAAAAAAAACAUACAUAUGUAUAUGUAUCCUAAGGAUUAGUACAUGUUGACGUAGUCAAGGCCAUUUCAUUGGAAACUAAUUGAGCUUUAAUUGUGACUUUUCACAAAUUGGUAUGUUUUAGAUAAAACAAAUAUUUACGUUUUAUGUAUUUUAUCUAUUUUAUUUUUUCAUAGUUUUUUAGUGGAAAAAAUAUAUCUUCUUUAGCACUACCUGCCUUCUGAAGAGCUCUUCUCAGCCUUUGAGUUCAAUGUUUCUGUUUAAAAUAUAUAGUAUUUUGCUAAAAAAAAUAAAUAAAUAAAUAAAUAAAAGUAAAAAAAAAAAAAAAUGGAAGAUUCAGGGAAUGAUGCUAAUAUCAUGCACAUUCAUGAAGAACUGUAUUGGCUUUAAUGGUAGCAUUUGAAUUCAGCAAUAUAGACACUGAGCCUUGUUAAGGAAAAUGGGAGCUUCCUACACAAAUUCUAGAGUUAUGAUACUGUAAACGUGCAUAAACAAUGAGACUCAAAUUAGGUCUAAGUUCUCAAUUUAUUGUUUAGAAAAAUUUUUACUAAAAGGAGCAAACCAAUGAGCAGUUCCCAUGAACAAAAUUAUAUAGCCUAAACCAAAUACAGAGUUCCUUUUGCAAAGAUGAAGUUCCUAACUCCUGGCUUUUUAUGUACAACUUCCAGCUCCUUUGGAGGAAGUUUUAAUGAGUUUCUAAGAACAGAGAUAUUGAAAGCUAAUGAUGAAUAUUUAUACUGGUUGCUAAAUACAGUCAUAUCCAAAGAUCUAUAGAAACAAUGGAAGGAGUUAUAUUUUGAGUUCUUAAAUUGUGUACACUUGACAAAAGUAAUACUGUUUUGAGCAGCAAUGCUGCUUUGAGAGUUUGACUCUACUCUGACACCUGAAUAUCCUUCAUUUGUUUUUAUUUAAUGUAUUAGUAGCAAUAUGUUAUUGGUUUGUUUCCCCCAACUUUUAAAAUGAAUUGGAAAGGAAACAGUGAAAUCAUUUGUAAUACAAGCAGACCUGUUCAUCUUGAACACGUCUGGUCUGGCCUGGCCUGUAUAUGUAUAGCCAGCAGACACUGGAAUGAAUGUAGGUGUCCUCCAAUACACUGCAGAGAUUGAUUUAUGAGUGCCAGAGUAGCACUCUGUAGUAGAUUGAACAGACAAAUCUCUUUAAAGAUAAGUUGCAUUGUAAUACACAAGCUUAACUACAGUGUAAAACUUGGAAUUUUUUAAUGUAGACUGUGUUAUUUAAAAACUCUUAUUCCUGAUUUUUUUUUAAACUUUUUGCAUAAACCUAAAACUACCAGUUUGUUGACGUGCUUGAUUCGUGUUAGCAGCAUGUAUCUAUAACUAGGGUAUAGCAAGUUACCAUGGAUCAACACAGCAAAUUAUUUUGACAAUUUUCAAGUGUGUGGAGGUUUUUAAUAAAACUACUGGGUUAAUGGGAUUAUACUUAUUAGUUCUGAGAGUGAAAAAGUUAGUUUAGACCAUGCUACCCAAAUUAAUUGCAUUAUCUAAGCAUGAUUUUUUGUGGCUAAUGUUAAAGUCACUUUAAUUUAAAAACAAAAAAAUAAAGCCUGAUCAAAGACAGUUUAAAAACCUACAGCUGCUGAACUAUUCAGGAAAAUUGGAAUUCUCAGUUUUGUAGUUAGACUUUAUCUGCUGUUAUUUAAUAAUGCAAAGUUUAUAUAAAAGGUGCCUAACAUCUGUUAACUUAGAAGAUGUAUAUCUUUCCAAAUUAAACAAGAUUUGCAGAAUGAAUAAAGUUUAAAAAAUUUAAGUACUUCAUUUUGAUUUCUUAUAUAUGUUUAACUGUGUAUAGAUACUCAAUAUAAUAUUUAAAAACUCACUGCUGGAUGUAUCUCACUUUUGCUUGCAUUUCUAAUUGCUUCAUUUUGGUAUAUUUCUGAAACCCAUUAUGCCAUGUGUAGUCACUGAUGUACUUUCUGAAACAUUUUUAAAAGCCAAUGUUAAUUUGGGACUUUUUGUUUUAAAUAGUAUUCUAAACAAAUCACCCACCUUUUUGCCAGCUAUUUUGGUUGCUUUGUACAGCGUAUCUUAACAGGAGGAAUGUGUGCAAUAUAUAUCACCUCAGUUUUGUCUGGCAAUGUUACGGAAAUGUUAAGAUGCAAUAUCUUUACUUCAAGUUGGAAAAAUUGCAGUAUCUUUAAUUUGGUUGUCUAUUUAUAUUUAUCUAUUCAGUGUAUGGGCAUAUGGUUGUUUUGUGUUUUUUAAUGUACAUUAUGUGCUUUUAGCAAUUUCUGAGUUUUACCACUUCGGUGGAUGCACCAGUUACAUACUCAUCUGCAUGUUCUUUAAGCAUGAAAACCAUGGGGAAGGGAGGCUUCAGGACAGAUUUCUGGAAACGGAACCCGAACAAUUUUAAGUCAAUAAAUGUAGAUACUGCAUCAUUAACAUUUUUAGUAUGGUAUGGAUUUUAUAGCACCUAUGUAUGUUUGCAGUUAUUAAGUUAUUGCAUAAAUGUUUAAGAAUGAGCAUUUUUCAUCCAAAAUUUUGUAUGUUUGCAAAUAUAUUUUUGUAAUAAAACCUCAAAACAAAUGUUUCAGCACCUCCUAAA